GCCGGGUUUCACAUUAAACGGUUUCAUGCCUUCGUUGAUUGAGUAAACUAUUUAUUAUGUCUUCCACCUGGACCCAGAGUAGAAGGAAUGGAGCUAACGUCAAGCUAGUUGAAGCCACUGCCUAGCCAAAACAUAAGCAUUUACGUGAAAUACCGGGCGGGUGAAGAUUCAUCCAGAAAUUAGGGGGAUUGUGGUAGGAGUAACGAAAUCAACCGGAAAGAACUGUAGUAAUCUGAAAAUGUCGUUCACUCGCGAUCGAAUGAAGGUGAGCUCAGCACAAGAUUCACGUUAUAUAAAAGAAGUAUCGUAUACGACCAUGCCAGCAAGAAUUCAUGUUUGUUUCACUUUUACAUGUCAUUCUGUGUUUUCCUUCAGAGACAAACUUCACCAUCAUUCAAGACUCCGAUGGUAUUCAAGCCUGACUCGAGCCAUAAACCAUCUCCGUCGCGAAAAGAUUUGUGGAAAGAGGAGUUAGGAUUCGAUGGUAAGCUUAAUCGAUCUUGCCAUGGCUUUACUAUAGCCUGUAAAUCCUAAACUGUGCCUAUAAGACAUGAUAUGCUUUUAUUUGAAAAAGUUACAUUUUGAACAUCGCUUGUCUUCGCUUGGCUUUCUUGAAACUUAUCCUUUCUCUGUCUUUGUUCGUACAUGUAACAGACGAUUCUAGUCCGGAAGCCGGACAGUCAUCAAGCGACGAUGAAGAAUUGGAACCUGAAGCUGAUCAGCUGUCCAGCAAAGGUGAAUUGUUAUUUUACCUAGAGACAAUUUUAUCUUUAACUACAUUUCACUCUGCAAACCGUACACAGCGUUUUUCGAAUGGUUGUGAACAUAUGUUGUCUUUAGUUUGCAUGCUAUUAACUCUGGCCUGCCAUUUAAUUAGCUAACCACCUGUUGCGCUCAUGUCAACAACCAGCAAAAUUAAAAUAGUUUCAUGCUCCGUCUCUCCUGGAUUUGUAAGAUUAUCUGCAAUGUCAUCCGAAGCACUUAUUGUCUCUCUCCUCAUUGAACAAACUUGCAAUAUUAUUAAUUAAUUUGUAUGUCUUCUCCAUUGGAAAGAUUGGAACUUUGAUUGUAAAAUAUUGUUUAAUGAAUUUUAGGACGAUUUAGCCACGCUUCUGUUAGAAAAUGAUUUAGGAAUAAGGAAAAAAGAGUUGAUUAUGUUUUCGUGAGAGUUUCAAAGUAGGAUUUUCUUUGACAAGCAGCAAAAUAUCACGAGGUGAUAGAAUUGAAAGAUUUUUAAUAGGUUUUUCAGUAAGCUUAGAUUUUUCAAAUACACCGACAGUUUGAAACGACUCUAUUUUAACAGGCUUAUUUACCAUUCUGUGUUUGUUUCUUUUGUUUGCUUUUCCGUUGUGAUUUAUUCUUAGUGCUUUUUGUAGAUAGCUUUUUAGAUCAGCUUUGGUAUACAAUUGUUCCCGGUGAGAAUGGAUUGACUAAUUUUGGAGAUUUUUCCAAUGUAACUCGCUGCAAGACAUUUAAAAAAUGUGUAAUCACAUUAAUAACAUGUCCCAAGUCUAGGUAACAAUUAAAUUGGUUAAUUAGGAACACGAUUAGUAUCCGAAAUAUGUUUAUUUACAAAAAAGUAGUUUGAAAUUUUCAUUUUUUUAAAACUGGCAGAAUCAUGAUCAAAGUUGAUAAACUGGUUUGUCAUUGUUUAAGCCUCAAAAUUCUGCCUUUAAUGAUUAUAAAAAGUCCACUUACCUAAAAAACAUUUUAGAGAUGAUAUCUAUUUCCCCUAUCCAUAAAAUAGUAUCUUUUAGGAAAGCAAAAAACAUGGAAAGGAAAGAAAGCUAUAAAAGUUGUGGUACAAUUUCAGGUUCAUCAGAUGUGGAGUAUCAAGCUCUGCUUGCAGAGUUAAAACAGAAAGACAAGCAGCGUGAGGAACUUCUUAUGAAUCUAAAGGUUUGUCUAAAUUUUAUUUAUUUGCAAUAUUUAAACAGGCUGGCUCAGUUCAGCUCAAAGCUGGCUUUGUGUAUUUGUUCAUUUCCUGUCAAAACUUGCCUGCCUUGUAUGUGUUUUGAGACUGCAUUAGACAUGUUUGCUCAGUGCUUGUAGUAGUUUUUUUUAAUUUGUUCACAGACUUAUGUCAUACUGUGUAUUAUAUCAGAGCAUUACACUCUUAAUCUAAAAGUAGUCUUUCUUUACCAACUUGGUCUGGUGGGACAAAAAAAGAAGCAACAUAAACAGAAAUAAAAAAUCUGUAUGGAAACUUUUCGGGGCUCGUUUGACUUCAAAAUUCAGCGUAAUAGGACUGCUUGUAACAUUUAUUUCAGUCUCAUUAUUUUUCUAAUUUUAAGAUUCUACUUUUAUUUAGUCACCAUUCUCCAGGUGUGCAUGUGGUUUCAGCUGUGUUAAACCAUAUCACCCCACACAACCUUUGCAAUAACACAGUACUGUUACUCUUUUCAUCUCAGUCAAGGAAUUUUGUUUUAAUUCCUUGAACUGUUAGUAGAUCUUUUCUAGUCAGUAAAAUCAUGUAAUUUCUGUCCAUUUUCAGACUUUCUCAGCUGGGAGAAGUUUGUUUAGUGAAUUCUUUCAUUGUUUUUGACAGUGAUAUAAAUUACAUUGCUAUGUACCUAAACUUUCACUCAACAAAACGAGCACUGUGAUUGGUUGAUCCUGACUGGGAUACAAUUGUGCAGCUGUUGCUUGCGCUGAUUUUCAACAGCAUGUAUGUUAGUUGCCAUAUGAUUGUUUAAGGGAAAGUCUAAAUAUAUAACAAAGCAUUUAUUACAUAGUCCCACCGGAAACUAGUUAGUUUUGUUUUCCCUUGAGUCCUGAUGUUUCUUGAGAUGAAGUCAAAGGAAAUACCAGGACUUGAGGGAAAAUGAAACUAACUGUUUCCUUCAGGACCAUACAUUAAAUGUAUAUUAUAUAAUAAUAUACAUUUAAUGUAUGGUCCCGAAGGAAUACUUAUAAUAUACUUUAAGAAUACACGUUCAACUUUUGAACAAGCUUCCAUUCCUUGGAUGUAAUAACUUACUAAAUUAAAUAAAUAAAUAAGUAUAGAUAAAUAAAGACAAAUUAAAUGAUGUAUUUAAUGAUUCAUCUGAAUUUUUUACUCUUUGCUGUUUACCAGGCCAUGACAGACAAAACUGCCAACUAUAAGUCAAAGCUCCAGAAGGCAGAAAACAACAAAAAAUCACAAAUAAAAAUUCUGAAGAAAACACAUGAAUCUCAGUUAGCUAUGAAAGCAGAGCUUAUCCACAAUUUAGAGGAACUUAUUGAAGAACAAGAAACCAAAAUUGCUGAGCUUGAAAGUCACAUCAAAGGUUCAAGUCCCACACAAUCAUUGAACGCUGCUAACACAAAAGCUUCAAGUCUCAGGAAACUUGUUGACUCCAUAAAUGAUCUCCAUGCAGAGAAAAGUAGGAUUCAUGAAACAUGGCUGUCAACGCAGUCAGAACUUGAGACAGUUAAGCAUGAACACAAGGAGAACAUGAGUCGUUUGACAGAAAAUAUUUCAGAGUUGGAGACAAAGCUUCGCAAAGCUCACGCUGAAAAUCUCAAGUUGCAAAGUUCAGAAGCAGAAAGUGUAAGUUCUUUUGGUUGUUAUUUAAACAAUUUAUGUAUAAGGGAUCAUCUUUGUUUCAUCAUUUGGUUCCACAAACUAAGAUAAAAUUAAUCAUACAGCAAUCUGAUCAUAUUUUUUCCUAGGUCUUAAAAACCCAAUCUUAUGGCAGACAUUUUUUCUUGGCUCAUGCCAUCUUGUAAAUUGCAAUAUUAGUGCAACAUAGCAUGGGGCUGGGCUUCUUUGUUGGGAAUAUGGUGAAUAGCAGGGGGCUGGGAUUCCCCUGCAGUAGCCUGGUCUGGAAUGUUGAUGGUCCCUCAAUAGAGAUGUAUCUGUUGAUAUAUAGAAAUGUGUUUUAUCUUACAGGAUAAACCAAGAGAAAACAACAAACAAGUGUUUUCUCUCCAAGAGGAAGUCACUACUUUGAAAAAAAAGAUUCAGACAUUGGAACAUGACUUACAGAGUGCUCACAAACUACAUGUAACUACAAAAAAUAAACUUGAAGAAGAAGCACUAAAUCUUAGAAAGAAGCUUCGAGACACUGAAGCGAAGUAUAGUAAUCUGGCUGCUACACCGCCAAAGGUUAGUCAAAAGAAAGAAGUAGAAUUUCUAUCUAAUCAUUGUUUAGAACAUGGUGAUGCCCCUAUCAAAUGUGACCAGUCUGGUAGUGGCAAAAGGAAAAGAUAGUUGACUGUAGAUGUAGUUUACUGUACUGGAGCUAAGUGGUCCAUCCAUUGUGUGCUUAUCCUGCUUUCCAUAGUAUGAGGCAACUAGGAUUAUUAGUACUCCCUUCCUAGAUGGGAUGACUCUCCAUCACAAGGUUAUCCUCAGCAUUUGAUCAGACUUCCUUCCCUAAGUUUUAAUUGACAAUUAACCCUUUAACCCCUAAGAAGGACUCGCAUCUAAUUUCUCCUUACAAUAUCACCACUGAAUCACACAUUAAUGUCAUGAGAAUAAAGGAAAUGAUCACCAACUAAAGAAACUCUUGAUUGUUAGACAAAUUCUCCCUUUCAGCACCUUAGUAAAUGUACAGAGAAAAGUGUGGCGAAUAUGAAUACUGAUGAUAGGGUGUAAAGGGUUAAGAUUAUAUUAUUAACGUCAAAAAACAUUAUCAUUAAUCAUUAUUAUUGUUACUAUUAUUAUUUAUUGAAAGUGUUUCAUAUUUUUGCAGACGCGGACCAUCUCUGUUGUUUCGGAGGAGACCAAAAAAAAGCUUGACCAGAUGAUCGCUCAAAACAAAGAUCUGGAAGAAAUUCUUGCAAAGACAAGAUCGGACUACAACGCUAAGGUGAGUUUAUGUUCAUGUCCAUUAUAUCAGAGAAGGGAAACCCGACAUCAUCAUGCGUUCAUUGUUCGUGUUUGCUCUAAUUGUAGGUAUCCGCCCUGCAAGCUGAUAUAAAGUCUUUAAAAACCAGCAUAACAGAGAGUUCGAGAAAUGAGCAAAAAGCUUUGGCCGAUUGUCGAACUUUGCAGGAAGCCGUGAAGGAAAUGAGCUCCCUCGAGUCUGUGGUGAAACAAAAAGAUAGCAAAAUAAAGGCGCUAGAAUCAGAGGUACGUUUUUGCUUUCUCUCAAUAGAUUGAGUGUAGGAAGAGCUUUUCCCAACCUAACAAAUAAAAUUUGAGCUACGACAAAAUUUUAUUCACUCCUUACGUCUGGAUUGGUAGCUUAGAUGGUGUAGUGGUGCCCCUCUGGUGACAUGCAUGUAGGAAGUGUGGCUCCAAGUUGCGACAUUUUUUGGGGUUACCUUUUACGAUAUCUUAAAUUGCAUUUUGCUUAAGAGUACCAACUCCUUUAGAUAAUUUACUUUCUAUUAAAAGCACACCACAUGGUUGCUUCAUGUCAGGAAUGGCAAGAAAAAAGUCAAUCAGUGUUUUAAUGAGUCAGGGAAGUCUUAAGGCUUGGGCUUGUGAAAAAUCUGCAUCAUAGUCUUUACAUGAUAGCUGUUGUUUCGAUUUUCCUUCCAAACUGAUCUUUCCCUACACUCUUUUCUCUAUACUAUCUUUUGCUCAACCGGCUUUUCCUUUUCUUUCUCUUCUCACUUCCAUUCUUCGUCUUUCUCCUCUCUUUUCGUUUCUACGUGGCUCGUGGCUCUCCUUAAGGAGUCUACCCCUCUUUUCUAUCCCCUCCCCCUUCCCCCCCCCACCAAAUCCUUUCUUACCCCCUCUUGAUUCCUUUAAACGUUGAUUCAAUGAAUCUAACACCUUGUAACUGCGUCUGCUUUUCGUUUUUCUUUUUCCUCUGCCUCUCAAACAGAUCAGCAAAUAUAAAGCGGAUAUCGAUCAGCUUGGACAAGAAUUUGAACAACAAUCGAAAGACUUUGAAGGGGAGAAAAGAAGAGUUGUUGCAGAGGAGCGGGCCAAAUGUGCAAGGGAGACCAGUGUUAUGCGCUCAAAGCUGAAAAGCGUUACGCAGCAACUGAUUGUGGUGAAGAACACUUUGGACAAUAUCAAGAGAGAACAUCAAGAUCUUAGGAUAAGCUGUUUAAAACUCGGGACUGGCAUAAAACCGGCUAUACGCGGGGUGAUUAAGCAGGUCAGUUUCAUUUUCUGUAGCUCGUAUGUUCCAAGACACCAAGUGAGGGUACCUUGUUUACAUAGGGAUGAAUUUCUACCGCGAGGAUUUCGCGUCCUGGGAGCAAUUUCAGUUUUGAAUGGAAAUUCCAUGUUUGUUUUCCUUACAGAUUGUGCAGCGUAUCGAAGGAAUCGAUGACAAGAAUAAAGAAUUGGUUACAAAGUACAAAAAGGAAAUGGCUUUGAGGAAAAAGCUCCAUAACGAACUCGUGGACUUAAAAGGCAACAUCAGAGUAUAUUGCAGGGUAAGGCCUGUGAUCAAGGAAGACGGAGGAGGAAAAAUGGCUGCCAAUGUUGUUUCUUUUGACGAAGAUGACGAUGGCGUUCUUGGUGUUUUCUCAAAGGGAUCAACAAAACUGUUUGAGAUGGACAAGGUGUUCACAUCAGCGUCCACUCAACAACAGGUAAUUUUUUUUUUAUGCCGGUAGAUGUCAUAUUUGAUGAGUUGGACGCGACAACAUACGUUCAAGCUUUAAUUUUCAAAUAGAAAUCUUGCACCAGCGAACGAUGACUGAUGUCAAAGAAGGCAGUGAUGGAUUUUCCAUCAUCAAGGCAGCAGUUAAGCAGCAAAACCUACGAGCAAAAAUUCGCAUAAAGAAGUGUUGAGACAGUUUGUGCGUAUUAGAAAAUAUUACUCGGAAACCUUUAUGUUCGUCAUUUGCACUCCAUGUCAAAUCCUCGCUGUACUUAACUAUGUGCGAUUCCUGUUUGGUCAUUAAUACCAUCCAAAUAUUUUAUUAAAUUAAAGUAAAAUUUGUGCAAUCUCGGUAAACUACUCUUACUAAUGAAGUAGAGAUAUAUUUAGCCAAUAGACACUUAAUUAACCUACAAUCCGCCUUUCUCUUUUUAGGUGUUUGAAGAGGUUAAGGCACUCAUAGUUUCUUGUAUAGACGGUUAUAAUGUUUGUAUCUUCGCCUACGGGCAAACAGGAAGCGGGAAAACCUUUACAAUGGAGGUAAUCAGCCUUAAUUGUUGUGCAAUAAUGUUUAUUAGAGGAAAAGGUAGUUAAACAAUCGUCGUAUUUUGGCCUCACUUAAAUAACCCGAGCGAGCACUCACGGUUUUUGAGGAUACAACGAGACUUGAAACAACUUAGAUUAAGUGUAGUGAGGGGAGAGCCUCCUUAAGCCCCUGUGUGAUCAACUAUUGAAGAAAAAAUUUUCCUCUCUCUGGUGAAUUAAAUUAGAUGGUAAAAAUGUGCUUAUUCUUCGUUUAUCCUCCCCAAAACCAAGGAGAAAAUUGCGAAAUAACCCAUGUUCUUGUUUUUCCCAGGGCCCCUCAUCCAAUCCUGGUAUCAACCAGCGUGCGCUCAAGCUUUUGUUCGAAGAGACACGUGACCGCGGAGUGGACUGGAACUACACCAUCAACGUAUCUGUGAUCGAGAUUUAUAAUGAAAUGAUCCGUGAUCUACUGGGUGAUGAUCCGUCCGCUAAACUUGAAGUGAAACAAGGAAAAGAUGGUCUUUUUGUACCUGGACUCACCGAAAUUCAAGUGAACAACGUUGAUGAACUGAAUGAGGUAUGCAUCAUUUACUGAGUGAUUAAUUGACUGAUCAUUCGAUUGUUUGAUUGACAGAUUUUUGAGUGAUUAAUUGAUUGGUUAACUGAGUUAUUGAUUGUUUGAUUCGUUUGAAUGUUGCUUGACAGGUUUUUGCCAUUGGGAAGACCAACAGGUCUACCGCAAUCACAGAUAUGAACGAGCAUUCCUCUCGUUCGCAUGCUCUCCUCUGUGUGACGGUGACCGGUUUCAACAAAACUACAGGACAUAAGACAAUCGGUAGGAAAAGCCGUAUACCGGCGCUUAACCUUUUCACGUCCAGGAUUUAAAUAUCAAUUCUUUGCAGUGUCCGCCAUGACGGACUUUGUGAAUGUUUAUCUCAGACAGUUAAGUGUUCAAUUAACCAGUAUCCCUUAGUUGAUAUUUGUCUUUCGUCUCAUUACCUUCCACCUUAAUGCUUGAAAAAAAGACUGGUAUUGUAAGCAGGUAUUUCUUAUCUAACUUUCUUGAGGAUGUAGGGAUUCAGUGGAAGUCAAAUAUGUCAGAUUCAAGCGGUAUUAACUGAUAUUAAAAAUACAAUCCUAAAUUCUGUUGCCUAUUUCUUGGUUUUGAUGUUGAGGAGGGGCGUGUAUGAAAGACUGACGAUUAUUCCUUCAAGAUGGGAAAAUAAUUCUCAGUGUUCGAGACAAAACUUUGGCAUAUUCUGUACUCUUAACGAACUUCAGCUGUUGUCUCAAGGAAAUCCUUGUUUUGACCCGGACAGUGUAUUUUCCAUUACGGGGUUUCGAGGAGUCAGGGAAAAUUACUUGAGUUUCCCUAUUCUGAAGAAUUACAUUUACGAGACAAGAGGGUGUUUUAGAGGCAAGGCAUCUCAGAGGAUGUAUCAUGUUUUUCAUUUUUAUUGUACAGAAAAUGAGAAAAAAUUGACCGUGCAGUUUCUCUUUUUUUUUAUUUUACAUUGUCUCAGGAAAGCUUAACUUGGUGGACUUAGCAGGAAGUGAGAGAGUGUCGAAGAGUGGAUCUGAAGGGGCCCGGAUGAAAGAGGCUCAAAGUAUAAACAAGUCUUUGUCCUCUUUGGGUGAUGUGAUCCACUCGCUCAAGAACAAGAGUUCUCAUGUACCCUACAGGAAUUCAAAGCUGACGUAUCUUCUUCAAGAAUCUCUGGGUAAGUCACCUUUAAUCCGCUAUUGGGCGACAAGCUCGUAUUCGUCUGAUAUUUCGGAGAUUUGUCUUGAGACCUUGUUUUACUGCUUCACGACCGAUGUUUUUUUUUCGCGUGGUCACGAGACACGCUCAACCUCGUCUUAGGGAACAUAGCAUUCAGACGUCGAGCAUGCGCAAGGAGAUCAAUUUUGGUCGGUCGUGCGCCAAUUUUUGCGUAUUGUUUGUAAGGAAACAUAAGUAACAACAAAAUAUGCUGAAAAAAAUUGAAACUUUCAUAGAAAUCUCAGGAAACAAAGAAGUGGAAUAAGGGAAACUUGAGAUUUAAUGAACGCAUAACUUAUUUCGGGUGUCAAGUUGAUUUAAAAUGUCAGCUUAAGAAACCAAUUGGACUAGUUAAGGAGCCAGAACCUGCUUCUCUAUCCUUUUAAUUUUUAUUUUAAAAUAUGGCUUCGGGCCCGCGAAGUUGCCGGCUCUUUCGAGAAACGGGCUAUUGAGGCGGGUGGAAGAGAGAAUCUGGAAACGAGUUUGCCAAUGCUUUCGUGCUCCCUAAGAGCGCAUGUUGUUUGACGAAAGCGACCACGGAGAAGAUUAAAGGCUGUGUUCUGCUGUUGAUCAGCCAACACUUAUCGCUUAAAUCAUUUGGUUUGCAGGAGGAGAUUCCAAAACUUUGAUGGUGGUUCAGGUUUCGCCUGUGGAAAAGAAUGUGGGUGAAACAGUCUGCAGUUUGAAUUUUGCCCGGCGUGUCAGAACAGUGGAGCUUGGCCAAGCCACGAAACGAACCGUGAAAAGUUGAUGAUCGGACCCAAAACAUUUUCUUACGAAAAAGUGUCUCUCGAUUUACCGGCCUGUUAUCACUAGAAGAAAUUUUUGCAAUGUAGUUCUUUAGCUUGCCGUCUACAAAAGAUCGUAGAGGUCUUGAAUUAUUCGUUACAUAGGACUUAAGUAACUCAUAGCACAGAUUUCUUCAACAAUGUUACCGGUGCAACUAAAAGUCUUUCCUGGUGUGAAUAUUUUCAUAAAUAGUGCAUUUUAAAUAUCAAUGUUUGAUAACUCCAACACUCGUCUCCCGGGCAGUCUCGUUAUGAGUGUUACACAACACAACCUUGCAAGUUGCGUUACAAGUCAAAGCGGCGGCUGUGACAAAGACUACUUAUUUGUUGAAUCGGGGUUAACUGCUUUGUUUUUCGUUUACUCGAAAAAGCAUUUUGUGCCGUCACUUUUUACAGUUCUUUGAACUUAAUAAAUUUUUCUCUCCUCUACUGAGACAGAAAUUGACCUGAGAAAAAGUACACUGUAAAUCUAAUGUGUGCAGUUGAACAGAAACUAAUUCAAGGGUAAUUCCAUCUUUAACGUAUUUUGAGCUGUUGAAAUAGAAAUGAUUAAUAACUUUGUACAUUUGGAAACAUUUUCUAUAAGGUAUUAAGCAAAUGUAGAUGUACUUGAUUUUAGAGAAAUUGUUGAUCCCUAUGCGAAUUUUGCAAUUUUGUGAAUUUUUCAUAAAGCGCUGCUUUGUACAUUUGAAAGCUUUUUUCUAUACAAAGAACAAAAAAUAUUUUGACACGAUGAAUUCUCGAAUUUGUACGGAUAUUUUUACUCAUGGCUAGGUAAUUUCUAACGUUUUGUGAUGAAUUCAGCACGUCCGUUUGUAAAUGUUUUGAAUUAUUCGACAGUGUGUCAACUAUUUAUUAAGUCUUGCACGUUGCAAUAAAGGUAUGACAAAUUU